UUCUUUCGUUUCAAUACCAAAUCUAAGUCCAAUACCAAUCACGGUGCUUCAAUACCAAAUGGAUUUUUCAAUACCAAAUGUACCCUAAUUUGGUAUUAAAAAAUACCAAAUGGCAACCCUGGCCCUAUUGUCGCCCCACAGAGGCCAUUAUUAAUUAUCCACUGAGUCAGUGUGUCUCAGUCGAUCUCAAACCGCACUGCGUAGUGUGCGCGGCUGUGAGUCGCUGUGUUCUAUAUAGUGGACUCUUGCGUAUACGUUAGGGGUGCCAGAUUCUGCUUUGAUCAAGGCAACACAUUUUGGUUUGCGGUGAUACGAUCCUUGGAGUGCUUGCUUGUGCUUGGAGAUAUUGUAAUACACUUCGCACAUUACUGUUCAUUCAGCCUAGAUACUCUCUCUUCGACUUUCUAAGACUACGGCCUCAGAGCACCCUGACAGUGCUAUCAAAAUGGAUCGUUAAGAAGUCAUCUUUGAAAGGCAAAGAAAAAGAGUUAAUUCAGGACUUCAACAAGAAGGAGGCAGAUUGUUCAUUUGUGUGCUGGUAUCCGCCGCAGCAGGAUUAUGAUUGCAAACGAAUCGCCACACUCGUCAAAAACGACAGCAACCCUGGACCACAUUGGCUGCCUGAACCAGGAGUCAUCUUUGGCCAAUACAAAACUUAUGAGGAGUGCCAACACGUCGUCGACGAAAUGGUAUCAAGUGAAAAUGUCGAAAGUCAGGCUUUGGCGAUGUUGCGGCAAUGUGAUAAGGAACAAAAAAGGAAGGCAAGAACGAUGGAAACAAAUGCAGAAGAAACUGCUAAAGAAAAAACUGCAGUACGUCCAACUGAAAAAGAUCCUGGUACAGCUCACGAAACUGCAAAGAAAAUACAUGCGGAGGCCCCGCUUUAUGGUGCUACAGAGGUAGACGAGAGGCCGGUCGUCAGAUCACCUCUGGCCAUUUCUCGGCCCGAGAGGGAGGACGUCGUCAGAUCACGUCCCCUGGCCAGUUCUCCGACCGAGAGGGACCUGGUCGUCACAUCACCUAUGGCCAGUUCUACGGCCGAGAGGGAGGUCGUCAGAUUACCUCUGGCCAGUUCUCAAGAUGUCAACAGAGCUGAAGGCAGACGAGACGCCAUUGACGUCUUUAGAGCAGAUACACCCAGUACGUCUGAUGAAGAACCCAGUGACGUACAAGUCCUGCCCGAGAAACAGCUGCCACAACAAAUACAAGAAAUUUUGAAUGUCGUACUAAAACAUGUAAGCAAAAAAUUUGAGGAAGUAAGCAAAAAAUUUGAGGAAGUGAAAACUUCUGUGGAUAACCUUCAGAAACAGCUGCAACCAGUACUUCCAGGACCUUCGCAGCGGGUGACUGACGGUGAGACACCUCUCCCUACCGGAUUUGUGCCUGUCCUUCCAAAGGACCCCUAUGAAGUGCUAACAUACUUCGGUUUUCCUGCUAGCACACCCGACAGUCUCGUAUCAAAACACAGGCACUACUUUCUUGGCAAUGCAUCGACAGAGCCAAUGAGAACUCACCGGUUGGCACUGAGGAAGGCAUUAGUUCAGCUAUGCCCGUUGCCCAAGCCUCAGUCGGGAAAAGGUGGCCUGACCCCCUGCAUCCGCCAACUCCUACAUUAUUUAGCACCCAGAGAUGUCUGGGUGCACUUCUGUUUGAAGGGCUACUCCAAAUCUAAGAGAAAUAUGGAGUCUGAAAUGCCGAAAUUUGUGCGCAUGAUUCAGGCGACAAUGAGCAUAAAACGCCAAGUCGACGAGUCGACGGUGAACGCUCAUUUAUCGGAGACAUUAAGGAAAGAAAGUGACAGAUCAGGCUUCCGUAACACGGCGCGACCCAAGAAAACGACAGCACCAAACACAAGCACACCGUCCACGUCGGACGUACCAGGAACGUCAGGGCAUGGGACUGGUCAAGACGAGGGAGAAAGUGACUCCGAUUAUAUCGACAACGAUGCGGAAAGUAUCGUACCGCUGUCGAGUGGUAAUGAUACCGACAGGGCUACAGAUGAACGGUACUCGGACGAUGAAGAAUCAAUCACUGAAUAACAAAGUAUAUAUAGAUACUGAGUGAAUAAAAAUAUAUUUUUUGCCCUGAUGUAGUUCUUUACGUGAUCGAUGUAAUCACAGUAUAAUUCCACCUUACUUCUUACUAACUAAGCAUGUUCUCAUACUUAAUUAACAGCUUAAAAAAUAUGUAACUCUCUCUGCUAUAUAAUCUAUUAUACAUG